UUUCUUUCUCGGUAUUCCUUCUUCGACUACAAGCAAAUCGGGAAGAUUAUAAGGAUGAUGAGUGGAGCUAUCAGGCGGAAGGCUUUGUCUCUGUGCUCAUCUGCAGUUGCAAAUAAUGCAUUUGGAAGAGGAUCAAAACUAGUACCUGAAAUUCAUCAAGGUGCUCCUGUUUAUUCAAAAGCCUUAAGGGAUGUAUCAUCGUUUAAAACCGAAUUUUUAACCCCAAAAUGGGUUAGAUCUUUUUCUUCACACAGUGGGCCCACAGUUUGUGGUGAUAUCAGCGAACCAAUUGCCCAAACUCAAACAGAUAAGGUAAUGGCACACAAGGGCGCUGGUUAUUUUACUGCAUCUGGUGCUGUGGUUGGAAGUGCUUCCAUUGUAAAUGCUCCACAGGCGGCUAAACUAGGGUUGGGUUCAACAGCGACUUCAACUUUCCUACCAAAUCUUGCUCUGUUUUGGCAUAUAAACAAUGGAAUUGAAGAGAUUUUGGCAGAUUAUGUUCACCAUGAGAUGACUCGCAGCUUAGUCUUGGUCUUAAUGAGGCUCUUCCUUAUAGUUGCAGCCAAAGAUGUUUUCGUCGCCACAAAUUGAUACAUUUCAUAUGGCUGUCGCUUUGUUUUUGGAAAAAAAAAAACCCGAAUAAAGAUUGGUCCUAGAAGUUAGGGAAUCUUGGGCUACUAUCAUCUAUUUAGUUCAUGGAAUGUUUUUGAUUGCUUUUGUUCUUCA